AUGCAUAUUAUGUUUGAACCGAACGAGGCAUUCUUAUCAGAUGUUGAUACAGAAUCACCAUUACAGAUUGGAUUUGUUGAAACGACUCCAUAUUUUGGUUAUUACUAUAUUAAAUAUAAUCCAAAAACGAAAUUUCAUUCAAUAUUAAGAGAACUGGAUAUCUUCAAAAUGCGAAAUAAUAAACAAUACAUAUCUAGUAAAAAAUUAACUGAUUUAUUGCACAGUGAAUUUGUUAAAUAUAAUGAACGUGGUCCAUUGCCAAUGUUAAAAAUACCUUCUGAUAUACAUGAACAAUGGAUUAAUCGUCCAAAACAAUGA